AAAGAGACAUCACCAAUUAUAGGGAACCUAUUGACUCUGGCUGUGUCUUGUGAGGAGCAGUACGUCCUGACACUUCUCCUUAAAGUGUGGUUUGGAAUGGACUUCAGAUCCAGCAAUCUCUGGAUAUAAGGAUGAAGUGACUUCACAGCUUUAAAAAAUUUAACCUAUUAAAGAAUCAGAUUCCUGAUCGCCGAAAGGUAGGAGAGACUCCCAAGAUCGCAAAUGGCUGAAAGAACUAUAUGCACUGACGCAACCUCAGGAAACACCAAGAUGGCUGCCAAGCGCAAAGGCGGCCUGAAGCUAAACGCAAUCUGUGCCAAGCUCAGCCGCCAGGUUGUCGUUGACCACAAAGGACCUGAGCAAGCGCAAACCGACAAGGCUCCCCAGGGGCAGGGUGGCACCUGUGGCAGCAGCAAGGAGCUCCCCCAACCUGGGGGGAAGGAGCCGGGGGCCAAGUUUCCGGAGGGUGCUGAGCGCGUGCAGAAGAUUGAGGAGGACAAGCGGAGGGAGGUGAUUGAGAAGUGGGUGAAUGGGGAGUACAGCGAAGAGGCCUUGCUGGGGCGAAUCGAGAGGAAGGAAGGCAAAGUCUCAGAGGGUGCUGAGGGGCCCCCCGAGGGCGUGUACAUGGUGCAGCCCAAAGGCUGCAGUGACGAAGAGGACAACGGGGAUGAGGCUGAACCACCGCGAAGCACGCAAGAUGGCAGCUUCCUGGAUGAGCGGGAUUCAGACGGGUCCCCCUUGAAGGAUGAAGGCUUCCGCCCCUCCCGCAGUGAGGUGGCCGCCAAGCUCAGUGGAGGAGCUCCCUUGGGGGAGGCUUCGUCGCUGGGGGAGUUUGCCGCCAACACCGUGACUGAGUUCUUGGGCAUGUUUGGCUACGAUGACCAGAACAUGCGGGAUGAGCUGGCUCGCAAGAUCAGCUUCAACAAGCUGAAUGCUUCUACCUCCGAGGCCGCCACUGCCUCCGUCGCCGCCUCCCUUGCCGGCGAGGACGCCAUGAGUAAGAGAGCCCGCUUCUCCAAGUACGAGGAGUAUAUCCGCAAGUUGAAGGCUGGGGAACAAGUCCCAUGGCCAAUCCACCAAGCCAAGGCCGAGGAAAUAACCAGCAAACUGGGCAAAGAAGCUCCCCCAGGUCUAGGACAACCAAUUCGGUUACCAGCUCCCGAAGCCUCGCUCCUGCCGGAGACAAAAGCAACCAUUUUGCCCUUACCCUCACCCAGCAGUUCCCAGAUGCAAGGGCUGAUGUCCCGGGCCUCCAAGUACGACUUCUUCAUCCAAAAGCUGAAGACGGGUGAGAGCAUCAGGCCUCAGAAUGGCAACACCUACAAGAAGACCUCCAAGUACGACCUGGAGAAUGUCAAGUACUUGCAUCUUUUCAAACCAGGGGAAGGAAGCCCGGACAUGGGUGGGGCUAUUGCCUUCAAGACAGGCAAAGUGGGCCGUCCUUCCAAGUACGAUGUAAAGAACAUCCAGAAGCUCCCCCCGGUCAAAGCUCCAACACCCACCUUAGGCACCACUCCCUUGGCAGCUACCCCCAGCACCACCUCAGUGGCCGGACCAGAGCAGCCAGCCUCGUUGCCCUUCAACACUCCAGAGUACCUGAAGUCUACCUUCUCCAAGACGGACUCCAUUACAACUGGAACGGUUUCUACUGUUAAGAACGGAUUAACCACUGACAAACCAGCUGUCACCGAAGAUGUAAAUAUUUACCAGAAAUAUAUUGCCAGGUUUUCAGGAAGCCAGCACUGCGGACACAUUCACUGUGCGUACCAAUACCGGGAACAUUAUCACUGCCUUGACCCGGAGUGCAACUAUCAGAGAUUCACAAGUAAGCAAGACGUGAUCCGGCAUUACAACAUGCACAAGAAGCGCGACAAUUCCCUUCAGCAUGGCUUCAUGCGUUUCAGCCCCCUGGAUGACUGCAGCGUUUACUAUCAUGGCUGCCACCUGAAUGGGAAAAGCACACACUACCACUGCAUGCAGGUGGGCUGUAACAAAGUUUAUACCAGCACCUCUGAUGUGAUGACCCACGAAAACUUUCACAAGAAGAAUACGCAGCUCAUUAAUGACGGAUUCCAGCGGUUCCGGGCCACGGAAGACUGUGGCACUGUGGACUGUCAGUUCUAUGGACAGAAGACCACCCACUUCCAUUGCAGGCGGCCUGGCUGCACGUUCACCUUCAAGAACAAGUGCGACAUCGAGAAGCACAAGAGCUACCACAUCAAAGAUGACGCCUAUGCCAAGGACGGCUUCAAGAAGUUCUACAAGUACGAGGAGUGCAAGUACGAGGGCUGCGUCUACAGCAAGGCCACCAACCACUUCCACUGCAUCCGACCGGGCUGCGGUUUCACUUUCACCUCCACCAGCCAGAUGACCUCGCACAAGCGCAAGCACGAGCGCCGGCACAUCCGCAGCUCGGGGGUGCUCGGCCUCCCUGCCUCCCUCUUGGGGGCCAAGGAUAAUGAGCAGGAAGAUUCCAGCAACGACGACCUCAUUGACUUCUCAGCCAUGAGCUCUAAGAACUCCAGCCUGAGUGCCUCCCCCACCAGUCAGCAGUCUUCCGUCUCUUUGAUUGUUCCAGGGGCCCCCUCCACUGCGGCAGAACUGGCCCCCUCUCAGGCCUCCAGCAAACCCACCAAUAGCAUGCCAUCGGCCUCUAAAAUAUCUAGUCUGCUGUCCCAAACCCUUCCUAGCAAUAUACCCUUGGCCUUGGCACUCUCCAACGCAGCGCUUCCUGGAUCGGCAGGCUCCUAUUUUCCCAUCAUCCCUAGCCGCGUUUCCACACCGCUGCCCACCAGCUCCGCUAGCUUAAUAGCUGCCGGUCCGUCAAACACCAACUCAGCAUCCUCUGCCAACUCCCCUUCCCAGGCCAUCUCAGGUUCCAGCGAGGCAGCAGCCACCUCUCUUCCGACUCCAGGGGCAUCCAUAACGGAGAGGAUCUCUGCCAGCAAAGGCUUGAUCUCACCCAUGAUGGCCAGGUUGGCUGCAGCAGCACUUAAGCCCUCCGUGGCCGUGGAAGCAGGGAACGGGCAGCUGACCAUCCCUGGCCGAUUUAACCCCGCUCAGCUAAAACCAGAGACCACAGAAAGUCCACCGUCUUCAUCCACCGUGACCCAGGAUUCCUUGCAGGAGCACAGCCUGGACCUGAGCGUGAAGGAUCAUGGUAAUGAAUCAAAUGGCCACACAGUCUCGGCAAAUUCAUCUCUUUUAUCCUCGCUUAUGAAUAAGAUGUCUCAGACUAAUCCCAACCUCGGCAGCCUUCUUGGCUUGAAGGCAGAAGCUGACGGCAGCCAACCAGGGGCAGCAGGGGAGGCCUCGCAGUACCUGGGCAAGGCAGUCAAGGCCCUUGUCCAAGAGAAGCUCUCUGAGCCCUGGAAGAUGUACUUGCGCAGGUUUGGUACAAAGGAUUUCUGUGACGCACACUGCGACUUUCUCCACAAAGUGCAUUUCCAUUGUGUGGUGGAAGAAUGCGGAGCCCUCUUCAGCACCUUGGAUGGCGCCAUAAAGCAUGCCAAUUUCCACUUCCGAACAGAGGGCGGAGCUGUGAAAGUCAACUCUGAGUUGUCCUUUCCAUCUGCUGUGGAGACCAAGACCUCCUUAGCCCCCUUGUCGCCAUCCACUUCCGCCACAAUGGCAAAUACCUCUGCCCUGGACGUGGCCCCUCCAAAUGCGGCUUCCGUGCCCUCCGCUUCCACACUCCUUGCUUGGAAACAGCUGGCUUCCACCAUGUCUCAGAUCCCAGCGUCAGUGCCUAACCUGGCAACGUCACCCUUGGCGACCACUUCCCUUGAGAAUGCCAAGCCUCAGGUCAAGCCCGGAUUCCUCCAGUUCCAGGAGAAUGACCCUUGUCUGGCAACAGAUUGCAAGUAUGCCAACAAAUUCCACUUCCAUUGUCUCUUUGGGAAUUGCAAAUACGUGUGCAAAACCUCUGGGAAAGCGGAGUCCCACUGCUUGGACCACAUCAACCCCAACAACAACCUGGUGAAUGUGCGAGACCAGUUUGCUUAUUACUCCCUGCAGUGUCUCUGUCCAAACCAGCACUGUGAAUUCCGAAUGCGGGGGCAUUACCACUGCCUUCGUCCCGGCUGCUUUUUUGUGACCAACAUCACCACCAAGCUGCCCUGGCAUGUGAAGAAGCACGAGAAGGCCGAGCGGAGAGCAGCCAACGGCUUCAAGUACUUCACAAAGCGUGAGGAGUGUGGCAGGCUAGGUUGCAAGUACAACCAAGUGAACAGCCAUUUCCAUUGCAUUCGUGAAGGCUGCCAAUUCUCUUUCCUACUGAAGCAUCAGAUGACGUCCCAUGCUAGGAAACAUAUGAGGAGGAUGCUGGGGAAGAACUUUGACCGUGUUCCCACUCAGGUUAUUGGACACACUCCAAGGAAUGCAAACCUCCCUCAAGUCAGUAACAUGGCACCUAGCCUAGCAUCGUCAAGGACUCCUGCUUCCUUUCAGGGACCCCAAAGCGUGAUGGAUGCAGAAACGGACGAGUACAUUGACUACACAGGAUGCAGCCCCGGCGGCAUUUCCUCUGAAUCGUCCAACAUGGACCGUAGCUGCUCCAGCACUCCAGUGGGCAACGAAAGCACUUCGGCAGGCUGCCUGGCUGCUCCUCUUCCUGCUGCUGCCGCUGCUGGCGAUGACGUUAGCCACAAUGCACCACCACCACCACCUCUGCCUCCAUCUUUCUCACAAGCCCUGCUCAGGUCUCCCCUCCCUUCCCUCCCCUACCUCUUCUCUCCAUCUUGCGUCUCAUACUCUCUGCUAAGUGCCACUCUGGGAUCCAGCAGGGGCAUUGUCAUGCCUGCCACCAGCUCGACAGGGUUCUCACCCAUCAUGGCCACUCCAGCUCCAGUCAAAAGCGAUGUCCCUCUAGUUCAGGAUGCGGCAGGGAACACCAUCACCAUGCCAACUGCAGCUGGGGCCAAGAAGCGCUUCUGGAUCAUUGAGGACAUGUCGCCAUUUGGCAAGCGACGCAAAACCGCAUCCUCCCGCAAGAUGCUGGACGAAGGGAUGAUGCUGGAGGGCUUCCGGCGUUAUGACCUCUAUGAGGACUGCAAGGAUUCCAGCUGCCAGUUCUCUCUGAAGGUCACCCACUACCACUGCACCCGGGAAAACUGUGGCUACAAAUUUUGUGGCCGUACUCACAUGUACAAGCACGCACAGCACCACGACCGUGUCGACAACCUGGUGCUGGACGACUUCAAGCGCUUCAAGUCCUCCCUCAGUUGCAACUACCCCGACUGCCAGUUCUCGGGCAACAGCACGCACUUCCACUGCCUGCGCUGCGGCUUCCGCUGCACCGACAGCACCAAAGUGACAGCCCACCGUAAGCAUCAUGGCAAGCAGGAUGUAAUCAGCGCCGCUGGCUUCUGCCAGUUCAGUUCCAGUGUGGACUGCGAGGUGGCUGACUGCAAAUACAAACUCAAGUGUUCCCACUUCCACUGUACCUACCCGGGUUGCAAGCACACGGUGGUGGGCAUGUCACAGAUGGACUCGCACAAGCGCAAACAUGAGAAGCAGGAGCGAGGAGAGCUGCCGGCCAUCUCUCCAGGCCCUGAGGGCCUCCCUCACUCCACGCUGGAGUAUGACACGCAGAACUCUUCUGUCAACCUGGACAGCUCUCUCAACCUCAGCACCGAUGCAAACACCUCCCUCUUCUUCCUGCAGAAUGCUGCUGGUGUGGGCCUCAAUGACUCCCUGGACCUUAGUCAGAAACCACCAGAGGUAGGAAGCGGCACGCCUUCUCCCACAGGAGAGCGCAUGGCCCCCGGAGAGCAUGAUCAGGUACCAGCUAGCUGUGGCAACAUGGAGGAGGAGGAAGAGUCUUCCCAUGACGAGGAAGAUGACGAGGAGGAAAUGAAUGAGGAGGAGGAAGACGACGACGAUGACGACGACGACGAAGAUGAUGAUGAAGAGGAGGAUCUGAACACAGAUUCCGAAGAGUCGCUUCCUGACGCAGAGGGCUUGCCUGCUAAAGACGUUAGGGAACUGGGAGAGGCCGUUUCUCCUUCUGCAAACCACAGCGAUUCUUCCAGGCCCCUUGGAGAGCAAGCCCCAACGCUGGCUGCCCCUGAAGCCUCCACCUAACCUACAGCAGCAACAGCAGGAUUUGGGUCUUUUUUUAAAAAAAAAACACCUGACUUGAUAGUGGACCCCACUAUGUGAGGCAAGAACAAAUGCUAGGAUGGCAAAAGAGACAUCCCAACGUCACCCCAGAACACGCACAAGAGCGGGAGGAAAGAAAGCCUCGGACCAGAUGAAGAAAGCCUUGUGCCCAUGAGAGGGGUGGAGGGGGGCAGAGGAGCCGUCUGUUGGGACGCAGCACGUGUUUACAGGGUGGCAGACGGCAAAUCACUUUACUAUUAUGCAGAUAGGGUGGGCCAUAGAGAAGAUUGAUGUGCUAACCAUAAGGGCAACUGUUCCCCCCCCCUUCCCAAUGCUUGUAUGGGUGGGGGGAGCAGAGUUGUUUAUUUCCCUCCAACUCCUAUUUUAUUUUCUUGUUCUCAUUUGACCUUUUAACACUCCUCCCAUUCUCAGGGAGAGGGGGCAGCUAGCAUCCGAUGGUGAAUAUUAGGGAUAAUGAUAAUAUAUAUUUGCAAAUAAGGAUUUGGUUCCUCUGAAGCUACGAGCUAAGUUCUUUGCCACCUGAGGGGGGAAAUUAGGGUUGGGGUGGGUGUCAGUAUCACUCAUACUUCUAUUUUGUUUUCUCCAGCAUCAAAUGAACAGGAGAAAUGUGGGUCUCAGGCAGUUUGGGUUGGUUGGGGAAGGGGUAUUUAUUAUCAACUUUAAAAAGAGAGAGAAAGAGAAAAAAAGCAUUAAUUAAUUGAACAGGGCUGGGAAUGGGGACACUUCUCUGUUCUUCCAGAUCCUCUUUGUUAUUAAAGAAAAUAAUAAUAAUAAUUAAUAAUAACUUUUUUUAAAGAAAGAAAACUAUUUAUAUUGCCAGACUCCCAUCCAUGUGGAACAGUCCGGAGGGGGGGGGGGGUUUGACAGGGUGGAGGAGUAUUCUACCUAGUGGUAAUGGCAGAAGGGGUAUGGGGUAACAGUGAAAAGAUUCCUUGCAGAGCGGUUUGGAUUUAACCCACCCCAGCCCAAACACCAUUGCCCUGAGCAUGUUCUCGUUUUUCCUCUCCCUGCUUCAGAGCCAAAUCCCUCCAAUUCUGUACUUGGGGCAGGAUAUGGAUUGGGAGGGCCGGGGGGGCGGAGUGCUCAGGAUUUCAUGCUCUGCCUUGCUGCUAACGAAAGGUGAGGAAAGAGAGCAGCAGUACCUCAUAGUGGGCUUUUCUGGCCCUUGUCCCUGAUGAUGGUUUUAUGUAGCUAUGAUAGGGAAGCAAUCCUUCUGUCUCUGGCUGCGGUCUCAAUUUUUGGACACCGCUUAAGUAUGUUUUGUGAAGUCAAAAAAGCAAGCAAAACCUUGCACUGUUUUAACAGGAACAGGGGGGGGGGGUUCAAACCUUCCAGAUCCCCUCCUUGGGCAUACUUGGGCCUCUUUCUUUAGAAUUGGGACUUGAACACUAUACCAUUCUGAAUCCAAGGAUGGAGAUGCUCCUUUGCCCUUGUGGGGCGGCGGUUAUCCCAAGUUGCAGUUCAUGGAAAGUGAGAGGCCUGGUUGCCCUCUGUAAACACAGCUGUGUGGCAAACAAAAGAGGAAUCCCUGGGCUGAAAGCUCAAUCCCACGGCCACAAACAGAAUCCAGGCACGUCCUAAAUAGGAAAUGUGUUAGAUCUCCAAAGAAGUAGUUGUGGAGAAAUUGACUCCCUGGGUCCCCAAAGGUUCUUUUGCUUUCCAGUACUUGGUGGUUUCAGUUUUGAGUUGUUAAUGCCUAACCAAGCCAGUUAAGCAGUAAUAGCUAUGGGGGUCUUGUCCAGUCCACUUGGUACAGCUCUCACUAUUGAGCAGCAAGCAAUUUUGAAUUCAGAUUUUAAUUAGGUAGACCCUUUUUUUGAAAAAAAGAAAAGAAAAAAAUGGCCACUGAUGGCCACUUAAUCACAUGACCUUCUCCCUCUCCAAAUUCCAAAUAGAUUUGUCCGUGUGGCUUUUUAUGUGCACAGGGUGCUAUUUCUGUUUGCUCUAAAUUUUGUUUUGGGGCGGUGGGGCAUCUAUUUUUCUGGCACCAGCUGGAAAUGUCCUGAACUCCCAGUUCCAUAGCUGAAAACAGAACAAAUAAACAAAAGUGAACUAAGGAUGAAUCUCAAGAUCAUUUUUGACCGGGUGAAUCAAUAGCCACCACUUUGUGCACACAAAAAGGCAGAAUUUUAAAAAAAAGUUUAAAUAGACUCACCAAGAGUUGACUUUUUCCUCAAUUUUGGCAUUGGGAAGUGGUUUUCUGAUGUCUGGCAAAGGUCCCGCCAUUCUCUUCCAGCAUAUGGCAACCUCCGAUUUUAUAGAAACUACUGAGGUUUCGACAUCAUGCCAGUUAAGUAGGGGGUAAAUAUCAAGUCACCAACUUCACAAUGUCAAAAACAGUGGAGAGAAUUGGCAGUUAAUGAGAUUUUAUUCCAUGUCCUUAAUCUCUCAGAGGGACCCUGGUCUCGCUGAAAGUGGAGCCAAACGAAAGACUUGUUAUAAACAGUGUAAUAAAUAUAAAUAAAAUAAACUGGGAGAGGAUAGGGAUGAACAGCGGAGGAAGUCGAAGCAAGAUUUCAAAGCACAUUUCAUCCCAUGUUUCUUAGGUACCAUGCAUAGGGGUGCUAUCAGGCUCUACUGCACCACCUUGCAGUAAUAAGUUUGGGAAAUAUUGGGGGCAGGAGGCAGUACUUAAGCCUCGGGUGUAUAUUGGUAGAUGUUCUGGCAUCACUUGGAUAGCAUCUGACAACCUACAAGGCUAAAGAGUUGGCUGUACUUGUGUUUAGGUGGGACUUGACAACUCUCUGGCACCUUUAACAGACGAGUAGACCCAUAAGCCUUGGCAUUAGGAGCUCCCACUCAGAUCCAAUCACUCCCAGCUAGCAACAAAAGGGAGAGGGGCAGAGCAGAGGCCCAUAUAGAUCGGGGGGGGGGGGGGGGGUCCAUGUGGUUUUUUCAACCUCUCCUCUCAAGUAACCACUCUGCCCAUCCAAAACACCUGACGGUCAAAACAAAUGCAGUAGUUUCCUCCCCCAUUUCCAAAUCUUCUGCUUGUUUUUUCCCCCUGCGCUUCCAAAAUAAUGAAAUGAAGUGUUUUUAAGAGUCUACCUAAAAAUAUGAUCCACUGCCCUCUAAGGGCCCUGAUUUAGGAAGAAGCACUUAACAGUCCUUGGCUCAGAGGGUGAAAUUAAGAACAUGCUUAAAAACUGCAGCAAGUGUGAUGGAUCUCUGCAAAGGAGGAGCAGGCCACCAAUUACAGCAAGGCAUUUAAGGGUGAUUAACGUUGUCAAGCAAUAAGCCACAGUGUUGCAUCCCAUCCUGGCCACAGUGUUGCAUCCCACGGGAGUUGCAUCCCACGGGAGUUGCAUCCCACAGUGUUGCAUCCCAUGUCCUUUGGCCCUAGAGAACGUAGCAUGAUUGACUUCGCAGGCCACAAACCCAUCCUGUGCCAUCAGAAGGGAGGGGCAUCAUGUGAACAUGCUGCUCAGUCACCUGGUUGGAUGCAUGACAUCCCAAGGCACAGCAUCUGGGAGGGACGCCAGGAGAAGCAACAGCCAUAGCAGGGGUCUCGCACGCCAAUGGCCACCCUUCAAGCAGCAGAUUUACAAUGCUGGCGAAGGCAAUAGAGUGGGAGGAUGAGAUUGCAAAGCAUAAGUGGACUGCAGAGGAACGCACUGGCUUUAAAAGGGAGGCAGGAAGAGAGCAGAACGUUUCCAGCCACCAAAACCAUCGGCCUGAUCCGCCCACUGAAGGGUGUCAAACUCAUUUGUUAUGAGGGCCAGAUAUGACAUAAAUGUGGCGGGAAAGUGGCUGCCACGUGGCAGCCUCAGCUGGCCCUAGAACAGCACUGGGGGGGGGGGGUGCCUGGCCUGGUGAGCCCGCAGCGGGCACUCAAGGGGUUGGAUCCAGCCCCCAGGCCGCAGGUUUGACACCCCCUGCUCUAACUAUUUGCUUGCUCUUGAAAAAAAAAGGGGGGGGGAGUUAGCCACUCUCCCAAAAAGUUAUAAAGUUAAUAGGAAAUGGUUUUGUAAAGGGGAAAAAAAGAACAUUUUUAAAAGGGUAGCAAAAGUUUUUUUUAAGUCCCUAGAUUUAGAAAAGAGAAACAAACCACACAAACAGAGACAACUUACGAGGGAGAAUUCUAGCCUUCUGUAAAAUCCAUAUUGCACACUAGGACUAUAAGCCAUUGCUAGCUCAUUUUGAAUUUUAAAUGUCUACUUCUCGUUUUUAUUUUAUUUUCUUUCUGUGUGGGGGAUGAGGGGUGGGGAGAAGAGAAAAAAAAAGUGAUGCUUGAAUUACCAAUGCUCUUUUUAAUGUUUUAUAAAUAUGUAUGUGUAUAUAUAUAUAUAUAAAUAUAAAAUAAUAUGUAUGCACAUAUAUAUGUGUGUGUAUAUAUCUAUAUGUAUAUACCCUAUAUGUAUAGAUAUAUAGCUAUAUAUAGGUUUUUGAGACAAAAAAAUAAUGCAGAAAGUGAAAAAAAAAAUCCUAAAACAGGACGGUGUGCUCUGAUUUUACUUGAAUUUGGUCUCCUCAGCACCUACGUUAUUAAGAACUGAAUAUUUUUCCACUUGAAUUUAGUGCUAUUAGAAAUUUAAUAUAUGUGUUUUAUUUAUUUGAUUUUUUUGCAUGACUGAUGCAAGGUUUGACAUUUUCACUCAAUAAAAACUGGAAAAAAAACAAACAAGCAAAAAAACCCAAA